GCAGUCCAGCCACGCCGCGACGGCAGUAUUGGCCGUCGGAAGAUCUCUUACACAAAACGAGACUCUCCAGCAAAGCAAUGGCCCGCGGGUGGAUCGGUCGCUGCCGAAAUGCCUGCGCACUCUCCUGACACUCCUUCCUACUCGUCAUCAGUUUCCGAAGAUCACGAGCUAUUGCCACAUUCGCUCGGAUCGCUGCGGGAAACUGGAGAUGGUGUUUUGGGGAUGUUGUUGAGAGAAGAGCGACUGUACAACGAACGACGUAGUAUUCUCUACUGUGUGAAGAGCAGUAUAUCAGAAAUACUCUCAGCUGGUGAGGUCGACGACAUUCCGUUCUCAUCACGAGAUCUCACCGAGCUCACCUUUGCUGGAGUGCGAAAGGAUAUCCGAGCACAGAUCUUAGCUACCUAUGAAUGGAUGCGAGGAUGGAAUCACUUCAAGUGUUUGAGCACUUCCGAUAAG